AUGUUUCCCCGCGCCAAAGAAUCUGGUGCGCCUUUGCGCGGAGGACAUGGACUUAGAUGCAUCACUCUCUCUCCAUUCCCUUAUGCAUCAGCUGCGCUUAGCAGCUCACAUGGUGGCCCAAUGAACCCUCGCCCUCACGCAGCGUCCAACAUACAAUGGAUUAAUAGGAAAGACAUGAAUGUCCGCACAGAGGACGGCAUCAGCCUGUGCCAAAGGGCUAUCCAAAUAGUGACGGAGCUAUGCCUCGCCGGGCACGUCGACCGGGAGAAAUGCGCUGAUAUAUUUCCACUGGAGAGCAACAUACCAGACAUCUCUGUAAGUCUCCUAGCUGUGGUCGUAGGUUUCUGUGGGCUCGCCCUUUUGGUAGUCUCUCUCUUUGUCUUUUGGAAGCUGUGCUGGCCCAUUUGGAGAAGCAAGGCGCUCUCAUCCAAUGCUGACAGCUGCCGGCUGGAGGUGCUGCCCGAGGCUCCCCUGUCCCCAGCCCGACCUCCGGUGACUCGUUCCGUGUCUCCUCAUCCUGAGGCCAAGGCAAUUGGAACUGUGGGAAGGCAGCCAUCGCAAAUCCAGCAUGAGGAUGAGAACGAUAAGAAGAGGAAGGUACCAGAAGUGAAGGUCAAUGGGCGCAGCUCGGUUAAGAUUCUGGAGGCAGCCAUGAAGAUCAGCCAGACAUCACCAGACAUACCUGCUGAGGUGCAGCAGGCCCUGCAUAACCAUCUGAGCAAGCAGGCCAAAAUCCAGAGGCAGACCACUGAACCUACAUCAUCCUCCAGGCACAAUUCUUUCCGCCGACACCUUCCGCGGCAGAUGAAUGUGACCAGUGUGGACUUCACCAUGGACACUCUACCUGUGCGCCAGUCGUCUACAGUCAGUAUCGGUCGUAUCAAACCUGAGCUGUACAAGCAGAAGUCUGUGGACUCUGAAGAGGGCGCCAAGGAGCCGGUAGAGACGUGCGGCAAGCUGAGCUUUGCCCUCAGCUACGACUACGAGGAACAAGCUCUAGUGGUUCGCAUUCUAAAGGCCCUGGACCUGCCCGCCAAAGACUUCACAGGCACCUCUGACCCCUACGUGAAGAUCUACCUGCUUCCAGAGCGCAAAAAGAAGUUUCAGACGAGGGUCCACCGCAAGACGCUUAACCCCACGUUCGACGAGACAUUCUGCUUCCCUGUGGAGUACAGUGAGCUGUGCAAUCGCAAGUUGCACUUCAGCGUGUUCGAUUUUGACCGCUUUACGAGUCAUGACAUGAUCGGUGAGGUGGUGGUUGAUAACCUGUUUGAGCUCUCUGACCUAUCACGCGAAGCUGUGGUUUGGAAGGACAUCCUUGUUGCAACUACAGAGAGUGUUGAUCUGGGUGAAAUUAUGUAUUCUCUUUGCUAUCUUCCCACGGCUGGACGCAUGACCCUCACCGUAAUCAAAUGUCGCAAUCUGAAAGCCAUGGACAUAACCGGCUACUCUGAUCCAUAUGUUAAAGUCUCCCUCAUAUGUGAUGGUCGGAGACUGAAGAAGCGGAAGACGACCACCAAAAAGAACACACUGAACCCUGUCUAUAAUGAGGCCAUCAUUUUCGACAUCCCACCUGAGAAUGUGGAGCAGGUCAGCCUGUCGAUCACGGUGAUGGAUUACGACAGAGUUGGACACAAUGAAGUGAUAGGGGUGUGUAGGGCAGGGCCAGAUGCGGAGGGGCUUGGGAGGGACCACUGGAACGAGAUGCUAGCUUACCCACGCAAGCCCAUCACCCACUGGCAUGCACUUUGUGAGUGGCCAGGAAGAGCAUCCAGUUUUGAGAGUCAAGGAUCAUGUCCAUCCCCAAAACCUUCACAGACCCCUUAAACAUCCUGGAGUCCACACAAAUCUAACUGCAAAACACAUUUGGUUUGUAUAAUUAAUAGGGUAUAUUUUUCUCCAGUUGUAGCUUGUAACGUUGCUUUUUUAUUUAGAAAAUGACUAAUCAAUACUGGUAUCCCUGCUACAGACCCAAUCAAGUAUUUGAUUCUUCGACAUUUUGUUUUAAUGGUGCUGAGUUUAUGGGCUCCUAAAACAAUAGUUUUCAGGUCACUUUGAAGCUGAGAGUAAAAAAAAAAAAAAUGUUACGCCUCUUGCUGUUUGACAGUAUAAUGAUUCCUUGAAAUUUUACAGACACAUGAAAAGAGAGUGCUUAUAAUUUCAUAUUCUUAAACAUUUCAGAUACAUCUUCCCCUGUCUGGUGAAAAUAUUUGACACAUUUAAUGCAGGGUCAGGGGAGUGAAAAUAAAGAGGUGUUUGAAUAUGAAAUCAAGACCUGUUUGGUAUGCAGUACAUUCAUACAAGACCAAAUGGAGAACAAUGAAGUUGUCAACAUUGUUACAAUUAUUUAUCAAGACUGUAAUAUGUCUAUACUUUACAGUUGCUUAACAUUUCUUUAUAUCAGCUAAUAUGCUGAGAUGUCAAAAGUCUACAACUGAGAAAAGAUAGAUCUUCUUUCUAGAGUUUGUCAUCAUGACUCUGAGGGGCAUUAUGAAGGAGAAAGCAUUGUCAAAGCAUGUUUACAAUACAUAAAUAACAAAUCUACUGACUGACAUCAUUUGCUCCUUAAUUGAUGCUUUUAAAAACUUCAUGUUAAUAAAACUGUUGUAAACAUUAAAUUUAAUCACAUAUUAUAAUUUAAUGAUGUGCUCAUUAUACUUGAACGUCUCAAAGUUGGUAAAUAAAUGGAAAAUGUAUAAAAAAUAAUUCAGCUUUAAAAAUAAUAUAUGUAUAUAGGAUAAGAGGAUGAGAAGCUUCAUGAAGGUAUUGAUGUGUUUAUCAAAUUUAGCUAGCACUGAAAGUUAACUUAUGAGCUGUCAUAAUAUACCCAAUAAUUAGGUGUUAAAAAAAAAUUCUUAGAAAGCAUAUACUGAAAGUUAUGGUCAAAAUCAACAGUAGCCAAUGUAGCAUGUUUUAUUGUAGUCGUUUUUGAGAAGAAAAACAAACUGGAUAAAAUUGUUGAUUGCUCCCAAUAUCAUCAACACGCAGAAUAAUGUUGAUAUAAAUUGAUAUUAUCUUUAAAUACAUGAAAAUCUUACCGAACAUUAAAUUCUCAAAUCUAAUAACAAUCAUCCCACUCCUGUUCUCAUUUCCUAGAGUUAUUGAUGUAUUAUUAAAUUUCACUGCUUGCAACCAACCAAAAAAAUUGUUCCUUUACCAUUCCUAAAACUCUUAAACUUGAAAAACAUUCUGAUUGUGUUUGGAAAACUAGACAAGUAAAUUAACUUUUAAUGGUGUCUGGCACAUGCAGAGAGAUCCCGCUGUUGGAAAGUUCUGUUAAGAUGCUAUAAAUAAUCAGGCGAAUAUUAGCGAAAUAUGCUAUAUGCAGAUCAAUUACUCCCAAGACUUCAGAUGACAUUCAAAAGGAAAUCAGUGUUGAUGUGUCAUUAACAAUAAAAUUAAAAGAAGAUGAUGAGCUUCCUUUAGGGGGGGUCAAGAAUGAAUUGUCGAAAUUUUCAAAGAAUUAAUAACAUCAAAAGCAAUUAACGUGAUAGAUUUUGAUUUUUCUGCAAAAUGAGAGGUGGAACACUGCCAACCGCACAAACAUUAGGUACAAUUCAUGAAGCAUCCGCUUUCUGGUAAUUUAAAAAUGGAUGGACAAUAGAGAAACUUAAUUUACUUUUCAUCUGAGUGAAAUUUGCGUGAUGAUUAGUAGCCAUGUGGUCAAGUUUAGUAUUCUUUGUGUGAACACAUCCAGCAUAUAUCAAGUCGGUAUGCAAAUAAUAUGGUACACCUAUAAUAUUGCACACCUAAUGUUUUAAAGUUGGACCCUCAUGAUUGGGUUUUCUGACAGUAUUCUGGUGUGUCCAUUAAGUAAUAAUACAAUGAUGGCAAUUACACAAAUGGCUGUGUACUGUUAACAUUAAUUUGCACAAGACAGUGCUUCUGCCCCAGAGCUCGGUCGAUGUGAUAGAACAAAGAUGAUGUAUUCUUGUAGCAUGCUGAUACCAGUACAUUAAACAUUGUUUAGAAACUUAGACUCCUAUUAUUACUGAGAGGUAUAAUUUUUUAUUUCAUUUCAAGUGUUUGUAUAUAAUUGAGGAUUUCUUUGAUUUAUUAUGUUGUUAAAGUGCAUUUCUAUGGAUCGUUUGGUGAUUGGUUUGUACUAUGGGCUCGUGAUCUUGAAUAACUUUAUACACGAUUUGCAUAUAUUGUGUAAUGGCUUCUAAAAAUUGUACAACUGUUUUGAUUAGCACUCAACUAUUUGAGGUGACUUCUUGUUCUUGCUAUUGAUGACCUGCUUCUCAGUCAUUCUUUGUCAUACUUGCACCUGACAACUAAAACGAUCGCUGUGUAUGUUGUUAUGAUGUGUACAGUUUGUGAUAACUUUUGUAAUGAA